ACAGCCGACACAUUUCGUUAUGACCAAGUUAUGACCGUUUGUAAGGUGUUAGUUACUAUCUCUAUAUAGUGAUUGAAGAAUGAAAAUGAUGGCCGUUUUGCACUUCUACGAGUGAUUUCACGUCUUGGUUAGUAACGGUUCACCGCGAGCAACUGCUACAACUGUAACCGUCCUAAACUGGUUUUGACAACAGUUGCCUAGGUCGUUAGUGCUGCGCGUCGCUGUCCCAAAUACAAAUAUAUAUAACUAUAAUGGUUCGAUUCGACCAUGGUGGAGGUUUUUGUGUGGAAAACUCUGCUCAAUAAAGAAGGGGAUCUUAUUGAUCCAGAAGAAACUCUCAGGAAUAAAGUAGUAGGACUAUAUUUUUCUGCCGGCUGGUGCCCGCCUUGUCGAGAUUUCACCCCUAUUCUAUGCGAUUUUUACACGGAACUUGUCGAGGAGAGCGAGCCACCUGCACAGUUCGAAAUAGUUUUCAUAUCUUCUGACAAGUCAAGUGAUGAUAUGGUGGAAUAUUAUCAUGACAUGCACGGGGACUGGCUGGCCCUGCCAUGGACGGAUCAAUACAAACAUGAUCUCAAGAACAGGUACAAAAUCACAGCAGUCCCCAAGCUGGUUAUUGUGAAGGAGAAUGGAGACGUGAUCACAGACAAAGGCAGGAAACAGAUCCGGGACCAGGGCCUGGCCUGCUUCAGGAGCUGGCUCGAGGUGGCCGAAGUCUUCCAGAACUUUAAAGCUUCCUAGACAUUCUAAAAUACAUCAUUCUACAUUCUAGAGCAUCUUCCUGCUCCUAACCCAUAAAGACUGUUCUUAUUUAGCUGUCUAUUCUAAACUUCUGCACUAUAACGCAAUACUAUCUAUAUUCUAAACUUCUGCACUACAACGCAACACUUGUCUAUAUUCUAAACUUCUGCACUACAACGCAACACUGUCUAUAUUCUAAACUUCUGCACUACAACGCAACACUGUCUAUAUUCUAAACUUCUACACUACAACGUAACACUGUCUAUAUUCUAAACUUCUGCACUACAACGCAACACUGUCUAUAUUCUAAACUUCUGCACUACAACGCAACACUGUCUGUAUUCUAAACUUCUGCACUACAACGCAACACUGUCUAUAUUCUAAACUUCUACACUACAACGCAACACUGUCUAUAUUCUAAACUUCUGCACUACAACGCAACACUGUCUGUAUUCUAAACUUCUGCACUACAACGCAAUACUGUCUAUAUUCUAAACUUCUACACUACAACGCAACACUGUCUAUAUUCUAAACUUCUGCACUACAACGCAACACUGUCUAUAUUCUAAACUUCUACACUACAACGCAAUACUGUCUGUAUUCUAAACUUCUGCACUACAACGCAACACUGUCUAUAUUCUAAACUUCUACACUACAACGCAAUACUGUCUAUAUUCUAAACUUCUACACUACAACGCAACACUGUCUAUAUUCUAAACUUCUACACUACAACGCAAUACUGUCUGUAUUCUAAACUUCUGCACUACAACGCAACACUGUCUAUAUUCUAAACUUCUACACUACAACGCAAUACUGUCUAUAUUCUAAACUUCUACACUACAACGCAACACUGUCUAUAUUCUAAACUUCUACACUACAACGCAAUACUGUCUAUAUUCUAAACUUCUGCACUACAACGCAACACUGUCUAUAUUCUAAACUUCUACACUACAACGCAAUACUGUCUAUAUUCUAAACUUCUACACUACAACGCAAUACUGUCUAUAUUCUAAACUUCUACACUACAACGCAACACUGUCUAUAUUCUAAACUUCUACACCACAAUGACAAUGUCUUUUUUUCUAAUGAAUAGACAUGAGUGGCUUAUAUUUUCAGAAUACAUAUUUUGAGGCGUUUGGCUAUUUUUUAUAUUUUGUUUUAUAUGACUUAAAAUGCACAAUAAUGAUGAAAUCCUUUGCUGUCUGUUAACAGUCUGAUAGUUAUUGUGAAGUGUAAUGAUGUUAUGGAACAAUCAAGUCAGUGCCAUUCCUCAGUGUGCCAUUAGAAUGCUAAAAGAAAAGCCCACAGGAUAGAUAGUAUUUUCACCAUAGCUAAAUUGAAUCACAAUCAUUUUGUUUUCCUUGUAAAUUGGCAAGCUCUUUGACUUAGAUUAUGAUAGUCAACAGUCAGCGCUCAUCCAAGCCUGUCUCUAUAGAUUAUUAUCUAUAUGUUAUUAUAUGUUAUUAUAACAAAUCAUGCUGAUGUCAAAUAAUUGAAUAAUGUCCACUUGAUGGCUGUAAAAACUAACAAGGUAACGCUAAUGCCUUUGCACUUUAUUCCAGUGAUAUCCUUUUUACCACAGGAUGUCGCCAUAGACUCACUUAUAAGGCUACAUCCUCAGCUAUAGAUUGUAUGCUACAGCACUUCUCCCUCCCCCAUAGAGUUUCUGUUUUUCCACCUAUUAUCUUUUGUGAGAAAGCAUUUCAUGUAAACAAUAUAUUUGUAAGAAUAUUUUGAGAGAGUUGCUAUUGCAGUAUGUCAAACAGGGAAACUAGUUUGAGGGGGAUUUGACCAAAUGCUAAACUGAACUUGAUCCUUUGAAUUAAAAGAGGCUUGACAAAGUA